CCAGCCUAUAUCAGAUGUGCAGCAAUAGAAAACCAACCUAUAAGUUCGGUCGUGCUUUUCUUAUUAAAACACGUACAGAGUUAAUAGUUGUAUCUAAAUGUCUACAGAAUAAGGCUUCUGAGGAACUGAUUAUCUUGUCGAAUAUCGGAUUGACGUGUUUUUGACGCCGGACGUGAUGUUCUUAUGUGAAGGCUCUGAUUUGCUACGACAAAACGUCAUAAGAAUCUUGUUUCAGAAAACUGCUGUUUCUGUUGUCCAGUUUGCUUCUGUCGUUUACUUUGCCUCUAUCGUUUUUGCUAUUGUUGUUUUGCCUACAAAUAUGUCAUGCUAUAAUUUCCCAAAAUCUGUCAUUGAAGAAUGUGCUGCUUUCAAAAAUAAUUGCUGCUUAGUUCCAAAUUGCGGUUUUAUUCACAAAUAUAAAUACUGCUACAAAUACCAGAAUACUACAUGCAGCGACAACAAAUGUCCGUUCUUACAUUGUACCAGCGUGGAACAACUUCGUUAUGAAACAACUGGAAAAGAAACCGAGCAGCUGAAAAGGGAAGUUGGCCGAACGCUACAAAACUCAAGCAUAUGUGGCAAAUUUAAAAAUGGUGAUUGCACACUACCAAAAUGCAGGUUACGACAUGUUAAAUACGAUGUAGCACCUUUAGAGUGUACAAUAUGCACAGAAAUAAUAAAUGUCGAACAUUUGGGUGCAGGAGAUUGUGGGCAUAUUUUUUGCGCCAAUUGUGCAAUGCGCUGCUUAAUAAAUGAUGAAUAUGAAAACUUUGUCGAAACAAGAUGUCCAAUAUGUAGGAAAUCAGUCCCGUACAAGAAAUUAUCGUAAUAUUUGUACCUUUAAUAUUUUGAUUAAUAUUUCACUUUAUUUCAAAUAAAAAUUAUGUUUAUUUUUGAUUCAACGUUGUAAUGUAUUCCCUCUUUUACUUUUUCUUCCUGUCAUGAUUAUUUUCUAUUACUUUCAAAAAAUGUCGUAGCAAUUUCUCUAAAGUCUAUUGUUUUGUAAUUUUCGAAUAUUUGAUCCUCUGGUUAUACGUUUAACUUUAUAUUACAAAAAUGAAACAUUUAUAAAUAUUGAAUAAUAAACAGAACUGCUUCUCACAGUACUUUAACGGAAAUACAAAAAAGUCGGUACUGUUGGUGAUACAUUGAUCUCUCUCAAUUGCUAUAUAUGCAAAUAUUAAUCAGAUUAAAACAAUUGUUGAAGUACAAUUAGAAUUUAAGUAUAUACUACAAAAAUUAAGAGAAUAUAUAUAUUACACUUCAUAAUAUAUUGAACGAAUAUUUCCUACAUUUGCUUUAAUAUUUAUUAUUUCAACUAGCUAUACCUAUAAUUAUUCCAUAAUGCCGUCUUAUACUUUCUUACUCUUCUACACUUUAACUGUUGUAUUUGGAAAAUGUCUACUAUAUACUUUUUAUCUGUUGAAAGAAUAAUAAACCAUGACAUUGAUGUGACAUGAACAGAAACAAAAAAAUGCAUUGCAAAAAAAUAAAUUGUACAAAUUGAAAUAACUAGAACUGUAUGCAAAGAGAAAUCAGAUAUCCUGACAGUUAUUUCUUCAAUACAUUGUCCUUCUUUUGACACUAAUUUUAUGUAGAAAAAUAUAUGUUUACUUAUGUUAACAAAAUAAACAUUACAUAAAAAAAUAUAUUC